AUGCCGGAAGAAGGACCACCACAACCACAACCCGCUGCCCCAGUGACUGCCGUGGUCUGCCCCGGCCCAUUGCGGCAACGCGACCCACCCAUCUUCAGUGAAGGAACUGCAGCAGCCGUCACGGACAAUGACAAUACCACUUUGUCGCUUCCAGCGGUUCACGAAACGGUUGAUGACACAGAAGCAGACGUUGUUGAAGCCGGCAAUGACGAUGUCGUCGCCGAAAAGGACUUCGUGGCGCGGGAAACUACAGUGUGUGGUAAGGCAGAAGCCGCGCCCCGAUCGCGUUUACCGCAGUCAUUUACGUACGUCUGCGGAGUUUGUCUUUUCCAGUCGAAGCACAGGGAAGAAGCCCUGGAACAUGUCAAACGUCACGACAGUGUUCCCGACCAUGCUCGCGCUUCCGAGAUCAACAGGCCUCCAUCGAAGGGAGCAGCCGUGCGCGACAAUAUCGUCAUACCGAAAGUUCUUCGGCCGAAGAAGAAGGCUGCAGUCUUCAAGUGCACCGAAUGCAGCAAACAGUUCCCGGCCGACGGUCUGUUGCGGAUUCACGUACGCAUAUACCACGGGGGUCCACUGCAAUGUAAGCACUGUUCGUCCAAGUUUCGCAGCGAGCAAGAGUUGGACAAGCACAUGCAAAGUGACCAUCUUGAUCGGGCGCCGUACCUGUGCUCGUACUGCGCAAGCGCCUUUUUCAACGCCGACAUGUUGGCGGCGCACGAAGUCAAAUGUCCCGUCGCCAGGCAACAGAGGCAGACAGUCGCCUGCCAGCUGUGCAAGUUCACGACGUCCGAGGCGAGCAGCCUGUGCCAGCACAUCCAGGAGGCACACACCGAAAAGGUGAUAUACACGUGCGAGCCUUGUGGUCACCUCUCACUCGACUUCAGUGUACACCAAGAGCACGUCAAGAGCCACGGACCAGACGGGAAGGGCCCAUCGCGCAGUCCAGCCCCGACAUCUCGUGGUGGGGAGUCCGUACAGUGUCCCCUGUGCAAGAAGGACUUUAAGAACAGCCGCACGCUCAAGGAGCACAUAAAGCGCCAUCCAAGGUCUGUGAGACACGUGUGUGAGCUUUGUGGUGAGGGAAUCACAAAAAAUGUGGCGCUUAUCAAGCACCUGAACCGACACAACAAGGAGGCGGCGCGCAAGUACCAGUGCCUCUUCUGCAGUAAGUGCUUCCAGACGACUUUCAGCGUGAGCCGCCACAUGAAGAACAUCCACUUGUUUGAUCACGAGCACGGUUGUGAGCUCUGCCCGCACAAAUUUGCGACAGUCAAAGAGAAGGCGGACCACAUGGCCAAGGCUCACGUAGUAGCUAUGCCGAAGGGCAAGCGUGUCCACAAGUGCACCGACUGCAAUUUCGAGACCGAGAGCUUGGGUCGAUUUGAAAGGCACAGGGCGUCGCACACAGGUGUUUAUCCCUAUGAGUGCAGUGAAUGCCCCAGGCGUUUUGCAGCCAAGGAGGAGCUCAGCCGACACAUGCACAUCAUCCAUCCCAAGGGCCAGCAGAACUGUCCACAGUGUCCAAGGCUCUUCCAGGACCAACUGGAAUUUGACACGCAUCUACAGUUGCACCACGAUGGCCAGUCACAUCCAUGCGAAGAGUGCGGCCAUCACUUCGAGAACGCGCAGGCACUUCUCGAGCACCGCAACAAGCGACACGACCUGACCCUGCCUUACGAGUGCCGCCUCUGCCACCAACGCUUUUGCAACAUCGGCCAGCGGGUGACGCAUGUCCGCAAGUAUCAUCCGCGGGUGCUGCUCAAGUCUCACGUGUGCGACAUAUGUGGCUCGGCAUUCCGCUACCAAAGUGGCCUGGCCGUGCACAAGCUCGACAAGCACACCGGACGCACCGAGGGGCGUCUCUUCGAGUGUGAAUACUGCGGCAAGGUGUUUGGACGCAGCAAUGUGCUGGCCAUGCAUCUUCGCCUGCACACUGGCGAGCGGCCCUACCUGUGCCAGCACUGUGGCCUGACCUUCCGUAACCCCACCAACCUGAAGUAUCAUACUGUCAACAUGCAUACCAAAAACUACGCCGUUUCCUGCCCAAUCUGCUCCCGCGGGUUUGUCGUGCGACGAAAACUUGCCAAGCAUCUCAUGCAGGUGCACAAAGUAACCGGCAUGGUGAACACAUCAUCACGAAAGGGCCGUGGCAAACCAGUCUACAUUGAACACACCACAGUGCCUGUGGUGUCGGCGGAGACCGGCGACGACAUGGUGCUUAAUGUGAUGCAGAUUGUGGACACUGCCGAUCAGGGGGUGACUGCCACAGAACUCAGCCACGCAGUCACGGAACUCGAUAGUGACGUCACUACGACCGAAGACACGGUGCUAAAUUACUACUAA